CUCCAUAUAAAUGCGACACUGAGAGACGAGACCCGUUGAAUCGAGAAGAGAUGGUGUCUGGUUCAGGGAUAUGCGCGAAGCGUGUCGUGGUCGACGCGAGGCACCACAUGCUGGGCCGUCUUGCUUCGAUCAUAGCUAAGGAGCUGCUCAACGGACAGAAGGUUGUGGUGGUCCGGUGCGAAGAGAUAUGUCUGUCAGGUGGAUUGGUCCGACAGAAAAUGAAGUACAUGAGGUUCCUCAGGAAACGCAUGAACACUAAACCUUCUCACGGUCCUAUUCACUUCAGGGCUCCCUCUAAGAUCUUCUGGCGUACCGUUCGUGGGAUGAUUCCACACAAGACCAAGCGUGGUGCUGCUGCUCUUGCCCGCUUGAAGGUUUUUGAAGGAGUCCCACCUCCUUACGACAAGGUCAAGAGAAUGGUCAUUCCUGAUGCUCUCAAGGUUUUGAGGCUUCAAGCUGGUCACAAGUACUGCUUGUUGGGCCGUCUCUCUUCUGAGGUUGGCUGGAACCAUUACGAUACCAUUAAGGAGCUUGAGGUUAAAAGAAAGGAGAAGUCACAGGCUGUGUAUGAGCGCAAGAAGCAACUUAUCAAGCUUAGGACCAAGGCCGAGAAGGUUGCGGAGGAGAAACUUGGAUCCCAGCUUGAUGUUCUUGCACCGAUCAAGUACUAGAAACCCACAUCUAUCUUUUGGUUUAAACUUUUCUCCGUUUUUACCUUUGAAUUUUGUUUUUUUAUUUGAAUUUCUUAACCUUGUAGACGUAAAGAUUGGAAAGAGUACAUUUUGGCUUGUUUUGUUUCCUAUGCAGUCAAUCUGUGUUAUGGUUCCAAUUCUGUUUUUCUUUUUGUCAGUAUUAUUUUCUAAGCUCGGAAAGGUAUCAACAUCUAUUGGUAUG